GGUGCUGGCGCUGCGGCGGGCGGCUGCAAGGAGCGGCCGGUGGCGGCGGCGGCGGCGGCGGCCGGUGGCGGCGGCGGCGGCCAUGGCGGCUGCGGAGGCCGGCGGUGACGACGCCCGCUGCGUGCGGCUGAGCGCCGAGCGGGCCCGGGCGCUGCUGGCCGACGUGGACACGCUGCUGUUCGACUGCGACGGCGUGCUGUGGCGCGGCGAGACGGCCGUGCCCGGCGCGCCGGAGGCCCUGUCGGCGCUGCGGGCCCGCGGCAAGCGCCUGGGCUUCAUCACCAACAACAGCAGCAAGACCCGCGAGGCCUACGCCGAGAAGCUGCGGCGCCUGGGCUUCGGCGGCCCGACGGGGCCCGGCGCCCGCCUCGAGGUCUUCGGCACGGCCUACUGCACCGCGCUCUACCUGCGCCAGCGCCUGGCGGGCGCGCCGGCCCCCAAGGCCUACGUGCUGGGCAGCGAAGCCCUGGCCGCCGAGCUGGGGGCCGUGGGCGUCGCCUGCGUGGGCGUGGGGCCCGAGCCGCUGCAGGGCGACAGCCCCGGCGCCUGGCUGGACGCGCCGCUCGAUCCCGACGUGCGCGCCGUCGUGGUGGGCUUCGACCCGCACUUCAGCUACAUGAAGCUCACCAAGGCGGUGCGCUACCUGCAGCAGCCCGGCUGCCUGCUCGUGGGCACCAACAUGGACAACCGGCUCCCGCUGGAGAACGGCCGCUUCAUCGCGGGUACCGGCUGCCUGGUCCGAGCCGUGGAGAUGGCCGCCCAGCGCCAGGCCGACAUCAUCGGGAAACCCAGCCGCUUCAUCUUCGACUGCGUGUCCCAGGAGUACGGCAUCAACCCAGAGCGCACCGUCAUGGUGGGAGACCGCCUGGACACGGACAUCCUCCUGGGCGUCACCUGUGGCCUGAAGACCAUCCUGACCCUCACCGGCGUUUCCACACUAGGGGAUGUGAAGAGUAAUCAGGAAAGUGACUGUAUGUCUAAGAAGAAAAUGGUCCCUGACUUCUAUGUUGACAGCAUAGCUGACCUUUUGCCUGCCCUUCAAGGUUAAAGAUUUAGUGUCUUUAAUCUCCAGAAUAAAACGAAUUGAAAACCA